GCGAGAAAACCUAAACGAAGAUGGAGGUUAUAUCCGUUCAAAGAAGAGAAAGCAUUGCCUAUCUUGUAUGUUCAUAGACACUCAGCUUAUUUAAUGGGCAGAGAUCGCAAAAUUGCGGAUAUUCCCUUGGAUCAUCCUUCAUGCUCUAAGCAGCAUGCGGUUCUACAAUAUCGUUUAGUACCUUUUCAAAAAGAAGGUGGAGGCGAAGGGAAAAGAAUUUGCCCUUAUCUUAUAGACCUAGACUCUGCAAAUGGUACAUUUGUAAAUAAUGUAAAAUUAGAACCGAGAAGAUAUCACGAAUUAUUAGAACGGGAUGUAAUCCGUUUUGGAUACAGCACCAGAGAAUAUGUUGUAUUACACGAACAUAGUCAAGAUGAUUCGUCAGAUGAUUAAAUAUUUCAAAUACAACUGCUGCUCGUUCUACUGUGAUAUUAGUUGGAAGAAGAUUCGAGAAAGAAGUUAUGACACAUAAUCACAUAGCUAUUUAGGUAUCGUCUACCACUAUAGCUAAGGCUAAUUUGUGAUUAUUCUUAAAUUGUACAAUGUAAGAUAUUAACUAGACUCAUAUAUAUAAUAUUUU